AUGGUCCGAGCCGGGAGCUUGUCGUCGGCCGAGGGGGGGCAGGACACCUCCGAGACCGAAAUUGGCGGCAUCCACCGGUCGCCUCCGAGGUUCGGGGCCACGGGGUUACCCAGCUCAGAUCCGACCGAGCAGCUAUUACUCCACCACUACUUUGGUCAUCUGGCGUUCUUGUCGUUUGGCUCGGUCGACAAUUGGGACAUCGUGCCAGCAUUACGCCAAGCUGUGACCCGACACGUAUUGGCCGAGGCGUACGUUAAUCAGGUUGUCUUAGCCUUCGCGGCAACCCAUCUCGCAUCCGUCUACUCCCUGGCGUUCGGAAAUGGCUCGGCUCCGCACGUUUUGACAGCAUUGAAGUAUAAGGCCUCGACCCUGGAGCUCUUCCGGCCUGCACUCUCUUCGUCCCUGACGCCCUCGAGCUGCGAGUCCGGAAUGGCGGCCGCAGGUCUGCUGGUGGCCUGCGAGUUUGCACUGCUGGUGAUGGACACGGGCGUCUUCGGUGUGGAGAAUCAAGUUGAAGCGCUGUCGAGGAUCGCCAAUCUCUUUCAGGGGGUGGUUGCUCUCUUUCGAAUGGGAUGCAGGGGCCUUCGCGUCGGAGAAGGCAGCCCGGCGCUGCAAAUUCGGAAGACGGUCUUCACGUCCCUCACCAACGAGCUACCGUGGUUCGACGCUGAGGAAUCGGUCGAAAAUGUUCUACUGGUUGUCCGCAGUCUGGAUCAUGCUGAGGUCAUAAGGCGCGACAUACUGUUGCAGGCCGGAGAGAAGUUGCAGGUCGCACUUCGAAGGGUAGCUGCCGCGCGAGGGUCAUACAAUGUCGCGUGUAUGUGGCUGGGCAUGGUUCCAUCCCCGUAUAUUGAGCUCGUGACAGCGAAAGACCCUCUGGCUUUGGUGCUGAUGGCCCAUUGGGCUGUCUGCUUGAAAGGCAUCGAUACAGAGCGUGCUUGGUGGCUUCGAGGAUGGCCUGAGAUGAUCAUUAAGACAGUCGUGAACAGAAUCGGGGAGGCCUACCACAGCCUCUUGGUAUGGCCUCUGCAAGAAAUCGAGAAAAUUCAGGCAUUUUGGGGACCUUGCCACGAUGCGACAGUGAAAGAGGACCUCGUAGAUGUCGAGAUGGAGGAAUGGAGCCGGCAGGUUGUGACGGUCGACGGUUGA